AUGCAGUUGAUGCGUGCGGUCACCCUGAAGGGCUUCGGCGAUACGGACAUGCUCCAAAUCUCUCGCAUACCCAAGGCCGUCAUCACCCGCGGGAGGGACAUCCUAAUAAAGGUGAGUGCGGCGGGCGUCAGCCGCGCCGACGCGGCUCAGCGCAAGGGCCACUACCCCCCACCAAAAGGCAGUAGCGAGGUUCUGGGGCUGGAGGUGUCGGGCAUUGUCGAGCAGGUAGGGGACGAUGUAAAGCUCUUCAAGGAGGGCGACAAAGUGAUGGCGUUGCUGCCGGGUGGCGGGUACGCCGAGUACGCCGUGGCACACGAGGGCAGUGUCAUGCACAUCCCGAAAGGCUACUCCUUUAUCGAGGCAGCUACAAUUCCAGAGGCGUUCCUCACUGCGUGGCAGGCACUACAGUACCACGGCAACUGUCGCAAGGGCCAAACAGUCCUCAUUCAUGCCGGAGCCAGCGGUGUCGGUACUGUGGCGGCACAGCUCGUCGAGAAGUACUUCCAGGCCACCGCUGUCACCACCUCCUCAGAGUCCAAGGUGGAGGUGUGCAAGAACUUUGCGAGCAUCAACCUAACCCGCACCCCGGAUGAGACCGGCAUGUGCUUCUCUCCGAAGGUGAAGAGCCUCCUUGGCGAGGGUGCCAUCAAUCUUGUCCUGGACUCUGUCUUUGGUGGGUCGUACAUCUCCGAGGAUGCCGCGGUGCUGGCGAAGGACGGCCGCAUCGUGGUGCUCGCCUUCAUGGGCGGUGCAACGGUGCACCUGAACUGCCUUCCUCUGCUGCGACAGCGCGCGCACAUCUUGUUCUCCAAGCUUCGCUGCCAGUCGGACGACUACAAGCAGAACCUAGUAGACACCUUCGAGAAGGAGGUAAUACCCUACAUGAAUGAGCGGGUGAUUGUGCCGGUGGCGAGCAAGACAUACCCGCUAGAGGAGGUGGCUCAAGCGCACAUGCGACUCGACGACAGCAAGGCGUGGGGUAAAAUCGUGCUGACGUUCAACAGCCAUCUCUCGGCGACAUGCACGAAUCCGCUGCCCACGCCGAAAGCUUAG